UUCACGGUCAGUCGGUAAUAUUGUCACGCCUUUUUCGUCUCUACAUUCUGUUCACCUCGCUUCGCUUCGCGCCGGCCGGUAAAAAAAAACACGUCGCGUGAAUAUAAAGUGUAAUUCGUGUGAGUGAGAGUCAACGCUGCGAGAAAGCACAUUGAAAAAAGUCUACUCUCUUUCUUUCUUCGACUCUUUUAACGAAACCUCAAAUUAAGUUGACUGCUUAUCUUUUCUCUAUUUCAGUGGAAUUUGCGAUAGAGUGCACGCGCGCAUCUACAGUUGCAGUCAUUCAAGAGGUCAUUAGCACGCUGUUUCAAGACUCGCGCACCUCAAACACUCCGAUACCUAACCUCAACCUGAAUCCCUCGUCCGACACACAAAAUCACAGUAUCACAACGACGGCCAUGUUUUCCCUCAACAAAAUAGAACUAGCGGCAGUUUUGGUGUUCAUCUUGAGCAGCGCCCUAGCCUACAUCAUCCUAGCCUACAUCAUCCUAGCCUUCAACAACUGGAAACGGAAGUACGAGUUCUGGACGGACCGCAACGUCCGGCAAGUGGGAUUCUGGUGGGACUGGUCCAUUGAUUUCUUCCGGCAUAAAUUGUGCAACUUGCAGGACAUCUACGAUGAGUUCGGCGAGGCACCCUACGGAGGCUACUACCAGGGUGCGAAACCCUUCCUCAUGAUCAAGGACCCCGAGCUAGUUCGACGUGUCCUCAUCAAGGACUUCGCUCAUUUCGCCGACCGGAAUCCAGUAGUCCCCACCACGAACCCUCUGCAGCGCGACAUGAUCUUAAACCUGAGUAGGGAGAAGUGGAAGGGAGUUCGCACCAAGCUCACGCCGGUCUUUACCUCCGGGAAACUCCGACGUAUGAGUAUACUCAUGAAUGAAUGCACGAGGCUUCUGGACGAGUACCUCCAGCGGACUGUGGGCGAUGAAGCGACUGAAAUAGAAGUGCGCGGUUUAUUCCAGAAAUUCACAAUGGACACGAUCGGAAUUUGCGCGUUUGGCAUCAACUGCAGCGCCAUCGAGGACGAAAACUCCGAGUUUCGGCGGCUCCUCCAGAAACUCAACGGGCCCGGUGGAUUUCGCAGGCACAAAUUAUUGAUGAUCCUCGGCGCUAUAUGCCCGAGAAUCCUGACGAUUUUCAACCUGAAGGAAAAGGAGGACACCUUCGUGGAGGAUUUUUUCAGAUCAUUGGUCGCCGACACCAUUAAAAAUCGAGAGGAGCAAAAAGCCAAAAGAGAGGACUUCAUGCAGCUCCUCAUCAACGUUCGGGCUGAGGAGCUAAAGAUGCUUCAGGAAAAUAACGAUGACUCUGAGCCUCUCUUUACCGAAGGUGUUUGUAUGGCGAAUGCGUUCCUGUUUUUCGUCGCGGGAUUUGAAACUACCUCCACAGCUCUGAGCUACUGCUUGUACGAGCUCGCUGUCAAUCCGGAAGUGAUGGAAAAACUUCACGCGGAAAUCAUGACAGUAUUAGAUGCCCAUGACGGACGUGUUGAUUAUGACAUUCUGAAAGAAAUGGAGUAUUUGGACACCGUCAUUUCUGAGACUUUGCGGUUGCACCCACCGGGUGCAUGGGUGGAUCGUUUGUGCACAAAAGCGUAUCAACUCCCAAACUCGACUGUGGUGCUUGCCGAAAACACUCAAAUUAAUAUCCCAAUUGCGUGCCUUCAUAACGACCCUCGGAAUUUCCCUAACCCUCAAAAAUUCGACCCGGAUAGGUUCAGUCCGGAAAACAAACAUAACAUCGUCCCAGGGUCAUAUCUACCUUUUGGCGAAGGACCGAAAGCGUGCAUAGCCGAGAGAUUCGCUUUGACGGAGAUGAAGGCGGCUAUAGCGCUCAUCGUCAGCAAAUACACCGUUCACCCAUGCGCAAAGACGGAGAUCCCGCCGAAACUGAACCCUCAGACUUUCAUGAAUACCCCAAAAACAAUCUACCUGAAAAUAUGUCAACGAUAACAGUAACGACUUCGGACCUUGAUGGCUUUUGAUUUACGACCAAGUUUGAUCUUUCACGCUGACGGAGCUAACGGAGACUAACGCGAGUGUUUAACUGAUUUUGAACGUUAAAUACAAAUUGAGGCGGUAUCCUGAACGGAACUGCCUCCGUUGAUUGGAAAUGGAAUACGGAACAUUCCCUGAAAAUGGUAUUUUUGCGGAACAGUAAUUGAGCGUUAAUAAUUAUUUUUCCUACAAAAUGUAUGUUAAAUACAAAUUGAGGCGGUAUCCUGAACGGAGCUGCCUCCGUUGAUUGGAGAUGAGAUACGAAACAUUCCCUAAAAAUGGUAUUUUUGGGGAACAAUAAUUGCGUUAAUAAUUGUUCCUACAAAAUGUAUGCUGUUAAAUACAAAUUGAGGCAGUAUCCUGAACGGAACUGCCUCCGUCGAUUUUGAGAUGAAAUACGGAACAUUCCCUAAAAAUGAAAUUUUUGGGGAACAGUAAUAGAUUGAUGAUGAACGUCAAUAAUUAUUGUUUCUACAAAACGGAUGUGUGCAUUUUUGCGAGGAAUUAAGGGCAAAGAAAAGUGGGGCAGAAUCCCCUUCAAAUGAUAACUUCUGCAAUUUUCGUGUCAUGUGACGGAUUGAGGAAAAUUGACAUCUGAUCGAGGCUCGGUUUCAGGCCUCCGCAAGAACGGAUUGUUUUUAAAAGGAAAUGUGUCAAUUUUUAGAUGCGCUCUAUAAAACCACAUGUGAAAUCAUGCAGCUCAGGGCUCAUUGGAAGAUGAACAUAUUCCCUUUCAGAAACAAUUCAUUCGUAUCAGCCAGCAUAUUCUUCUCUCUUUGACAUGUUCAAUUGAAGAACUCUAUAUUGUGCAAGUUUCAUUAAAUUUUACAAACCGUGAGAUUUAUAAAGGUUGUUUUUGAGCAAUUUUAACGAAUUAUUUUUUUAAAUGUCUCAGUUUUAUGCUCAUUGUCUAAGGUGACUUUUUCAAAAACCAAGAUUCAGGCACGCAUUUUGCGGAAUUUUCAUAAAGUAUCAUGACCACAGAAAAAACUAAGAAUACUUCCAGAGGUGUACAUUUGUACGAUAGGUAUUCAUUGGAAAUGCAGUUAUUACAGAUUUUUUAAAAAAAAAAAAAAAAAAAA